AUGCCCUCUAGAUUUCUCGCUCGCAAUGACAUGAAUGUAGGGAAAUGCAAAUCCGUAACACAUGGGUUCCCGCUAUGUCUCAUAGACAUCUUCACCGUCGAGGUUGAAAACAGCCAUGAUCCUUAUAUGUCACCGUCUCGUCGGCUGUGUCGAUUUCUGCGCGGCGGUCAAUCCCCUGCCAUACCGAGGCCCAUCUACAGUCCAAAGAAAGUGUGCAAGCGUGCGGCUGCAAUACUUCAAUUAGGUGCAAGCUCGCCGAGUUCCAAGGAAAAGCCUCACUCGUUCGGGCAGAAAGUCCCACCAAGCCCGCUGUCGCUCUCACUUGAAUCGAUUCAACUUCCUGUCCUGGAUGGCUCGCUCAUGAGACACAUCGCUCUCUAUCAUGCAUACAUCGACUACGCGAAGGUCAUCCUCGCAUGGGGACAAUCCUGGCAGGGAAGCGAUCUGCAGCCCGUCCGUGUGGUGAUCGAACAAGUUUCGAAGUCGCUGAAUUCACCUUCUCUUAUGCUUUCCACACGCACUCCGGACAACCGGCACGGAUGUUUCUCUCGAAUUGAAUGCAAAUCUGCGCAUUGGAUCAGAUGCGUCAAUGCUACUGUGUCGGAGUGCAGCAAGUGGGACGGGCGCGUAUCAUACCCUUCCUACCCUUACGCCUCGUUCACAUCGUAUGACGCGUGGGGCCCUGUCAGACACGAAGUCUCUCCGUGGGUAAUCGCAGACCUGGAUUGGAAAACCAAGUUUCGGUUUCUCCAUUCAUCCAGCAACCUUGACGCAGACUCCGGAAUGUACCAACCACGCACCCCCUACGGCACUCUUCAGCGGUCAGCACGGCGCCUACCUCGUCCCCCCACAAGCGUCGCGCUCGACGACAAUUUUGACGCGAUGACCACCGAAGCACCCACAGAAUGGAACUUUGGCGUCAUCCGGCGAGGACGCGACUACGAGGAGUCGAUUAGCGGUUAUCAGAACUACGUGAACGAGAUGGAGAGGAAGCUGAGCGGUGAGGACCAGCGCGAGCGCGAGGCUGCAGAGAAGAAGGCCGCUGCGGAGGCACUCAAACGGGCGAACCGCAAUAUCUACGGCAGUGAGCUCGGACGAGGCUCGCAGCGCGGAGGGAGAGCAGCUACGCCUGAAAAUGCCAGGAAGGUCAGUGGAAGGCAGGGGAAGAUGGAACUAGUCGAAUCGAGGGUGGUGGAGGACGGGCCGAACCGGACGAUCUCGCUCUGGCGCGAGCGCGUUGCAGAGAGCAGCAGCGACGGCAACCCCCUCGAGGACGAUAUGCUAAGCGGUGCGAAUCCUCACACACACCGCAGAGUGUCGUCCGAGAAUGUGCAGACGAAGAGAAUCAUCAGUGAUGGGCUGGGCGGGGUUAGCAGUGUGUCAAGGGGGGACUCUCGAAGGGGAUUGGAAAUGCAAAAGACCGGUAUAUCAUCGUACGAACGCAGCGAGUACAUGGUAGCAUAUCACCAGCCAACGAAGGGUGGCUACCCCAUACCAAUGUACGAAAACACGCUCCCCAUGCUGGCGUCUGGCAUGGGCUAUGCGCCCAUGAGCCCGAAGAGCUCACAAAUAGGAAGUCGGGCAACGCUCCCUGGUCGCCGACGUGCGUCUGGCAGGCUUUCCCUGGAUCGGACUGAGUUCAUGAUGUCUUACCCGCAAACACCUCCCCGCAGCGGGGGAAGCGAAGAGAGCUUGACCAGUCCAAAGCCGCUGCAGCGGCAGAUGUCACCGGCCAAUACAAGAUUAUCCAUCCCCAUCGACAUGGGGGACGUCCCCAACGGACAGAAGACAGGGUUCACCUCGCCUGCAGAACUAAUUCUUUCUUCCUGCGAGCCUUCUCUCGUCCACCUCCUGCCCAUCUUGACCGAGCUCGGCAUUCAAAGGAUGGAACAUCUUCGAGCCAUCGCGAAGCUCAGCGAAGAGACGCGAAAUCGGGAGGUCAAGGAGCAGGCACUAAAAAGGGGUAUGACCGUUGUUGAAUGGGCAAUACUUCUCGACAAGUUGCACACCCUGUAG